UGCUGGUGUUGCGCAAUAAUUCAAGAUUCUGGACAACACGACUGACCUUUCCGCCCCUCGGUUCUUAGCGGAAAACGUGCAAAACCCAGUGGGCCAGUUGACCUGUGACAAUCAGAAAGACCCCGUUGCAACACUUGUGACGGACAGGUUAAUUUGUAAGUUUAAGUUUUAUCUGACAACAUUUACAUUUGCCCACGGAUGGCGUCGGAUGACAUUUGGAAAGUCUGUGAAUUGGGUGAGAAAACAAAGAGCCAUGCCAGGACUACUUUGAGCACAGAUGAAAAAGUUAUAAUCACGCUGCCAAGGAGCGAUUCUACCACAGCAGAGUUCAUAGAGGUCCACGUGCUGGACGGCACAUCCAUCACCAUAGUCAGCGCCAGCACCCAGACAGACUGGGAGUGGGUGGAGCAGGCACUCACAAACAGCUGUCAAGUUCAAAGUAAAGUGGAGAGGUUUGAGCCAAAAGCCUCAUCACAGACAGUUCCCCAGAGUAUAGUUAUUGGGCCAGAUUCAGAGAUUGAAGAGACAGAUAUGGAGAAGGAAAAUGAGUUGUAUGGUAUACCUAAUGUGGGGCCACCUUCCAUGUUGGCCUACAAACCAGAGUCGAAACAACCGCCUGUUCAUUUUGAAAAGAUCCCAGUGUUGCCCAUCUUUGGAUCCUCUGAAGCUCAGUCCAAACUGAAAAUAGAGUUUGUUCUAUGUGACUACUGCCAGCAACCCUGUAACCCAUUCAUACGCCGGGAACAAUUGGAAAAUAAUCGUGACCUGGAAUUGCUCUUUUGCUGUGAACGGGCUCAGAAAAUGCGAGCGUUUCUCCUGGAAGAGGAGCGGGCCUUAGCCGCCAUGGAGAUGAACAGGAAGAUUGAUGUGGGCCCUCACCCACCCUUCAUGAACAAACACGAGAAGAGAGCUGCAAAGGAGCGGGCAGAGCAGAGGUUGUUGGAAUGGGAACUUCAGAAGGUCCUGAAGAAAGGCAAUCAGAACCGAUUUUUUUCAGGUCAGAUCAAAACCAUCUCCUACAGACUGUCCAAUGAGGUUUGGACUUUCCGAGAAGAGUCUCACUUCCCUAAGAUGGACAUCAUGAACUCCUCAGAUAUCUUCACCCUCCAGGGGGAGACAGACAGGCAGCACAGAGAGAGGAGAAUACAUUUGCUUCUGAGGUUCUAUCCAAAUGGCAAACCCUUCAUCACGUUAUAUCCAGACGGAACAGGACAAGGAUUUAGAGCCAAACUUUGAGGCCAUGUUUACAACCAGAGGCCGGUCUACGUGCUACCACCCCAAUGGACUUAUAUGGGUGAACCUGACCCAGCUGGGAGGCUCCUGCUGCAGUGAGACCGGGGCCCUGAGACGACGCUGGACCUGGCUGGACCUUGAGCCUCACAUCCAAGCCCCUCCCUUCCAGCCCAUCUGUCUGGUCCUGGGUAGCCACGUCAGCCUCCGCAUCCAGUCCCAGGAACGCAUCUACCUCACAUUCUCCUCUCACCAAAGCAGAGUACGUUUCAACGUGGGCUCCAAACUCAAGCUAACCCAUCCGGAAGGCCUAGUGAUGCCGGGGCCAGACAUCCUGCAACAACAUCUCCAAAUGAAAAGCCUGGAGAUUUACACUCUGCUGGACCGGAUGCAGACCUGCAUGGCCUACCAGCACUCGGCCAAUCCCCACAACAUUAAGCCCCAGUACAGCCUCAUUGCCCAGAUGCAGAGACUCAAGAGACAGAUGAAAAAACAGAGCUCACCCAAAAAGACCAAAGCUCUCAUGGCCUCUAAGGACUUAUAACAACUGACAACUCAAAGCCUGUGUUGUUCUAGAAUUCAUAUUGUUGCUAUGAAACCAAGGCAUUUAGCAUUUAUUAUAAUUAGAAAUAAAUACAGUAGCCAUGUGUAGCUAUGCUAAAAUAUUAGAAAAGACUGGUCAUGUUUCUUGUCAGAUACAUUUUCAAUAGAUUUAAUGGUUGGCCCAUUGUGCAAAUUAAGAAAUUAGUCAGCAGUCUAAGGAAAAUGACGAAUGAGGCACCUCACUCUUCAAUCACAAGUAGGCCUAGAAGAUUUAGUUCAGGUCCCAACAACCCUUGAACCCACCAACCCGUGCAUAGGUUACAGCAGUCGUUUAAUGGUGCUGGUCGGCUGUACAGCAGCCGUUUAAUGGUGCUGGUCGGCUGUACAGCAGCCAGGCAACUUGAAGGACUUGAAGGAUGUGUAGUAAUGCAGGAAAUCUACAAACGGGAUAAUAAUGUUUUGACUUAACUAGUUUUAUACUGACUCGGUGCAGGUAUCAUAGCUAACUCAGAAUCUUCAAUAGAAAUAGGCCACGGUAGACAGAACCUUAAUUACUCAUCUGUGCAGCAGCCUGAAGGUCAACUGAUUGACCAUGACAUUUCUGAACAGUCUCUUCAGAGGAGCUGUAUCUGCGAUGUUAUGCCCACGGCAUUUACAUCAUUUAAGUAAAAAUAAAUCUUGUGAGUUAAUUUAA